UUGUUCUUCAUCCUUAAACUCUAAAUAUAUCAUUAUGAAUAUCCAAUAUCCAAUAUACAAUAAACAUACAACAUGUCUCACAAAUUAUGAUACGUACUAUUUGUAAUUAUGUUGGGAUCACUCAACAGGCCUAACACGAGUCUUGUAUAUUUAUGGAAACAUGUCAAUCUCUAAUCUCUUUAAUAUAUCAAUUUUAGUUUCUUAAGAAUGUAAUCCAUUCAUCAAGAUUAGAGGCUUAACGGCAGGUAGUAUAGUACCCUCAUGAUUUGGGUGACAAGGAAAUAUAUAUAGGAGUGCAACUAAGUGAGGUGUUUGUUGAAAUAAAGAGAGAUUUCCCAAACACUAACAAAUCCCGGCCUACCAAUCACCACUAUACCUUCCCCACCAAACACACCACUCCAAACUGAUCAUCAUCUCCCCAUAUAUGGCUGCCACCCAAACCAUAAUAGCCAUAGACGAUCAAGACUUCAGCUUUCCGACCACCUUGGAAUCUCCCCCGCUGCCACUCUUUCUUGAUAUGCCGCCUGCUUGGUGGAGGUCCACAGUGGCAGCCUCUAGCGGCGAAAACCCGAUGAAAGGUGGAGAACAAGAAGAGGAAAAUGUCCGAAAAGAUUUCUCUUUGUCCAAGAAGGAGGUCAAAAACAUUGCCCAAAGAAGGAGUUUUUCUUGCAUAGAAGGGAGAACAAAGAGGAGGGAUUAUGGUGAUGAAGAGGAGAAGAUGGAUAUGUUGUGGGAAGAUUUCAAUGAUGAUUAUUACAAGAGAAGUUGUAGUGAACUUUCAACACUUGGGAAGUUGGAAAUUGAAUGCCUCCAAUCCUUGAAGUUGUCUUCUAAUAAACCAAUCAAGAGGCCAGCAGGAAUGGUGUUUGUCAUGAAAGUCUUGAUUAAAAAGGUUUUCUUGAUUCAUAACUCUGACAAUCCAUCACUCAAGAAAUUAAACCCUCAUAAUUAAUAAUCAUCUUGUUCACGUCUUUUGUUUGAUUUUGACUGUCUAUAAUAGUCGCACAUAUAUAGAUCAACAAUUUUCAGGGCCUUAAUGCCACCCUUCAAAUCAAACACUAGUACACUACCCGAAUUUGUCAAUUGUGAUAUCCUCUAUGUUGUACUAAUGAUUGUGUUCUAGCAAAUUCGCCAUUAGUUGUGAAAUUAUUCUGUAGCAUUGUUUUUUGUAGACGUGAUUGCAUAAAUUCGUCAUAAAUUGACUA